CGACGAACGACAGCACGUCCGACUACCAAAAGUAUCAAAACGUUGCAAUUAAUUUUAAACUUUAUGUGCAGAGUUUAAUGUAGAAAAUCAGUCUUGAGUUUUGAUUGGAAGUAAUAUAUUUUGUGUAUUUUCUACAGGCAGCAGUCGCGCAGUGAGUGAAUUUUAUUUAAAAUACUUUGUUUUUGUUUAGUUUUCGUUGUGGGUGGCUAUUUAUAAAUAUCCAAAAAUUAAAUACUGACCGAGCGAGCUUAAAGAGUACAGGCUAAAAGUUGUUUACCUGCAGAUAAUAAAGGCUAAUUAAUCAACAUGAGUCCCCGAAAAGGUUUCCAGUUUGCCAUAGACAGAGGAGGUACUUUCACAGAUGUUUAUGCUCGCUGCCCCAAUGGAAAAGUUAAAGUGAUGAAACUGUUAUCUGUAGAUCCUCAAAACUAUGAUGAUGCUCCAAGAGAAGCUAUUAGGAGAAUUUUACAUGAGGAAACUGGAAAUGCACUGGAUAAAAAUGGUAAAGUAAACUCUUCUUUGAUAGAGUCAAUACGCAUGGGCACGACAGUAGCCACAAAUGCACUCCUCGAGAGAAAAGGAGCCAAGAUGGCACUGGUCAUCAAUAAAGGGUUCAAGGACUUGCUGUUUAUAGGAAAUCAAGCUAGACCACAUAUUUUUCAGUUGAACAUCAAGAGACCCAGUGUCCUUUAUAAAGAAGUAGUUGAAGUGGACUGCAGAGUUAUCCCAGCUUUGGAAGAAAGAUGCCAAAUGGAAAAGCCUGCAAACUGGAAAACAGUUGUCGGCACCACUGGUGAAAAGAUGUUAGUAAUCAAAAAUUUGGAUGAGGAAGCAGUGAGGAAAGAUUUGUUAAAGUUGAGAGAGAAAGGGAUAGAAAGUAUUGCUGUUGUACUCGCGCACAGUUACACUUACCAUGAUCAUGAGCUGAAAGUUGGAAAAAUAGCAUCUGACCUAGGCUUUUCUCAGGUGUCUCUCUCGCACGCGGUAACUUCCAUGGUCCGUAUGGCGCCACGUGGUUACACUGCUUCAGCAGAUGCUUACCUAACUCCCCAUAUUCGAGACUAUGUCAAAGGAUUCGCAGAUGGCUUCACUGAUGGACUGAGAGGCACCAAUGUGUUGUUCAUGCAAUCGGACGGCGGGCUAACACCCAUGAAUUUGUUUAACGGUUCCCGCGCCAUUUUGUCCGGUCCGGCUGGAGGGGUGGUGGGAUACGCGAUGACGUCAUACCAAAAGGAAACAAAACUACCAGUUAUAGGGUUCGAUAUGGGCGGUACUUCGACAGACGUCUCUCGAUACGCUGGAUCCCUGGAGCACGUGCAUGAAGCUACCACUGCUGGAGUCACUAUACAAGCUCCACAGCUAGAUAUUAACACAGUGGCGGCGGGUGGGGGUUCCAUGCUAUUCUUCAGAUCGGGGCUGUUCGUGGCAGGGCCGGAGUCAGCGGGGGCGGACCCAGGGCCCGCGUGUUACAGGAAGGGGGGCCCCCUAGCUGUUACCGAUGCCAACCUGUUACUGGGGCGCUUACUACCUGAAUACUUCCCCAAAAUCUUCGGUCCCAACGAGAACGAGCCGUUGGACCGCGCUGCGACGGAGUCUGCAUUCAGAGAGAUGACAAAUGAAAUAAAUGUAUUCUUGAAGCAGGAUGGAGCGAAGACGAUGACAAUGGAAGAGGUAGCCAUGGGUUUCAUAAAUGUUGCAAACGAAGCGAUGUGCAGACCUAUCAGAGCGUUGACAACGGCCCGUGGCUACGACGCGGCGCAACAUGCCCUGGCUUGUUUCGGGGGCGCGGGAGGCCAACACGCGUGCUCUGUCGCCAGGCAACUGGGUAUUACUACGGUGUUACUUCACAAAUAUGCGGGUAUCCUGUCAGCAUAUGGCAUGGCUCUGGCCCACGUGGUGCAUGAGGCUCAAACGCCAUGUGCUCUGAAAUACUGUCCAGAGAACUUUAAUGAGCUGGAUCGACAGUUAGAUGUAUUGUCAGCCGUGUGCAGAGACAAGCUUCGAGCACAGGGUUUCGAAAAAACUCAAAUAGUGACAGAGCCGUAUUUGCACCUGCGCUACGCGGGCACAGACUGCGCGCUGAUGGUGGCGCCAUCUGACAAGAAAACCUCCACCGCUUGUCGAUAUGGAGACUUUUAUGCUGCGUUUAUUGAUAGGUAUAAAAACGAGUUUGGCUUCACUCUAUCAUCUCGGGACGUACUUGUAGACGAUGUACGCGUACGUGGAGUGGGGAUGAGCCAAGUUCCAAGUGAAGUAGCGCCACCUAGCGGUAAAGAUGUUAAACCGACACCGGAAAAGGCAGUGAAAGUGUACUUCGACGGCGGCUAUCAAGACACUCAAGUGUACUUGCUACAGAAGUUAAUGCCAGAACAAGUUGUGCCAGGGCCGGCCAUCAUUAUGGACAGUCUGUCCACAAUACUCGUGGAACCAGAUUGUCGCGCGGAAAUAACCAAGUUUGGCGACAUUCGCAUCACCAUCGGGUCUGGAAAGCCUAAGGCGGUGACAACGGACCUAGACUCCAUACAGCUCAGUAUAUUCUCUCAUCGGUUCAUGUCGAUAGCGGAGCAAAUGGGGAGAGUUCUCCAAAGAACGUCUAUAUCAGUGAACAUCAAAGAACGGCUGGACUUUUCUUGCGCCUUGUUUGGCGCUGACGGCGGCUUAGUAUCCAACGCACCUCACAUUCCGGUACAUUUGGGCGCUAUGCAGGAAACGGUCCAAUAUCAGAUGAAAGUUCGCGGAGAUUCUAUGAAACCGGGUGAUGUUUUACUGGCGAACCACCCCAAGGCUGGGGGGUCCCAUUUGCCCGAUCUCACUGUCAUCACACCCGUGUUUUAUGGUUCGAACCCCCGCCCCAUAUUCUUCGUGGCGUCGCGUGGCCAUCACGCGGAUAUCGGCGGUUUGACUCCCGGCUCGAUGCCCCCGCACUCCACCAGUCUCACGCAAGAGGGCGCUGCUUUCAAGUCAAUGCUGCUUGUAGACGGGGGAAAGUUUAACGAAGACGAACUGACCAAGGAACUUAUGAAGCCCGGCAAAGAGCCCGGUUGUUCGGGCACAAGGAAUCUGGCUGACAAUCUGUCCGACUUGAAAGCACAAGUGGCUGCAAAUCAAAGGGGCAUCCAACUAGUAGGGGAGUUGAUAGAUCACUAUGGUCUCGAUGUGGUACAAGCUUAUAUGACGCACAUACAGAAGAACGCCGAGAUCGCAGUUAGAGAUAUGCUAAAGGAAAUAGCCAAGAACGCCCUCGCUAAGACCGGCUCGACCGUUCUCAAAGCCACCGAGUAUAUGGAUAACGGAACCCCUAUAAGUCUCACUGUCACAUUGGAUGAGAAGGAAGGCAGUGCUCUUUGUGACUUCACAGGCACCGGAGUAGAAGUUUGGGGAAAUUUAAACGCGCCGCGAGCUAUAACACUAUCGGCGUUGAUAUAUUGCCUUCGUUGUAUGGUUGGACAUGAUGUACCCUUGAACCAGGGCUGCCUGAACCCAGUGAAGGUGGUCAUCCCCCCGGACUCGAUCCUGGACCCUUCAGACGACGCGGCUGUGGUGGGCGGCAACGUGCUCACAUCGCAAAGGAUCGUAGAUGUAGUACUUAAAGCAUUCCAGGUGUGUGCCGCAUCUCAGGGUUGUAUGAACAAUCUGACGCUCGGCGAGGACAGUUGGGGAUAUUACGAAACCGUGGCCGGCGGGAGCGGCGCUCCUUUUAAUGUCCCCACUGCUGGGGCGCAGGUAUUCCCUAUGGAUGGAAUAGGGAGACUGGGCCGUAACCCACCACGUGGGCCCUAUGCGGAUUGGCGGGUGCUAACGACUGCAGAUGAACCAAUGGCUUAUCGUGGCUUCCAAAGCACAAAGGAGCUCGAGAUAGGUAUGGGCUGGCACGGCGCUAGCGGUGUCCAUACUCACAUGACCAACACUCGCAUCACGGACGUGGAGAUAGUGGAACGCCGAUACCCAAUGCUGGUGUCCAAGUUCAGUAUCCGAGGUGGAUCGGGAGGAGCAGGUGAAUGGAAAGGCGGCGAUGGUGUGACGCGCGAACUGAUAUUCCGUCGCACGGUUCAGCUAUCAGUGCUCACUGAACGUCGAGCCUUCCAGCCGUACGGAAUGAACGGUAAUAUUGCCAUGUGUGGAGAGCCCGGGGCGAGAGGGCUCAAUUUACUACAACGCAAGGAAGGAAGAGUUAUCAAUUUAGGCGGAAAAACGUCUAUUGUCGCUUAUCCAGGGGAUAAAUACAUAAUGAAUUCACCCGGCGGUGGCGGAUACGGUCGACCGAAUUCCGAGUCGACAAACAAACCGACAGACAAGCAGUACAGUGAGUUUCUCGAAAGGGGCAGCGUUUACGAAUACAGGAGUGCACAGGAGUCGGUGUAA